AUGUUAUGCUCCUCAGGUUCAGUAGCUAUAAAGAAGAGGCAACAGGAUGUGGUGAGGUUUCUGGAAGCCAAUCGCAUAGAGUUUGAAGAAGUGGAUAUCACCAUGUCAGAGGAGAAAAGACAAUGGAUGUAUAAAAAUAUUCCUGAGGACAGGCAGCCUGCACAAGGCAAUCCACUGCCACCACAGAUAUUCAGUGAUGAUCGGUACUGUGGAGAUUAUGAUAGCUUUUUUGACUCAAAGGAGAGCAACACUGUCUUCUCCUUUCUUGGACUGAAACCUACUUUGGCAUCAAAGCAGUCAGAACCCUAGAAAGUCCACGUGAAGUAUCAACAAGCACAUUCCCGAAUGAAUGACCCUGUUCUUCAGCACGUAACAGCUUCCCUAAUGGAUCACUGUGACAGAGCAAACAUGCAUCAUUACUAGUAGUCUGCUUGCCAUGAGAUGGUGCUCUCCAAUAAGGUGGAGCUAAUAACAAGCAUAUGAAACAGGAUUAAGGCUGGUCUACUCAUCUUCCUUUUCAAAUCACUCACUGUUGACGUUUUGUUUUUGUCUUUGGAUUGCUUUCACAACUGGCACUGAUAUUCUAACAGACACGUAGGUUUGAGAAUAAGGAGUGGAAGUGUAGGGCUUCACUCAUUCAUG